AUGACCGUAAAUAAAAAUUUACGGCCUCGGUGUUUUUUCGAUGUCGAAGUUGGGGGUUUGGCACUGGGUCGUGUAGUAUUCGAGUUAUUUGCCGAUAUCAGUCCAAAAACUUGUGAAAACUUUAGAUUUUUAUGCACGGGAGAAAAAGGUUUAGGAAAAGUUACAAAUAAACCUUUACAUUAUAAAAAUGUUAUUUUUCAUCGUGUCGUCAAAGAUUUUAUGAUACAGGGGGGUGAUUUUUCAGCCGGUAAUGGUACUGGAGGAGAAUAUGAGCAGUUUGAUUUAAAACAUGAUUCUCCAUUCCUUUUGUCAAUGGCCAACAGGGGAAAAGAUACAAAUGGUUCUCAGUUUUUUAUAACUACUCAACCAGCACCACAUUUGGAUGGAGUUCACGUUGUGUUCGGCCGUGUAAUUUCUGGAGCAGAAAUAAUUUCACAUAUUGAGAAUCUACCAGUGGAUCGACUCUUUCGUCCUUUACAAGAUGCCAAGAUAAUCAACUGCGGCGAACUUGUUCUUAAACUUAAGGCAAAAGAUUCUUCGAAAAGUUCUUCCGUUUCAUCUGAAUCUUCUUCAUCGAGUGAAAGUGAAGCUUCAGAUGGGAGCAAUCGAGAAAAAAGGAAAGAAAAAAAAGAAAAGAAAAAAAAAAAUAAAAAGCUUAAAAAAGCAGAUAGGAAAAAAAAUUCCAAAGAGAUGGAGGAAGGCGAAGUGGCAGAAGAUGAAGAACAAGAAAGGCAUCCACUAGUCAGCGUUACUAAAAUUGAUCCUUCUGAAAUUCCUGAUGUGCCUUCUAAUAGAUUCUUAUAUCGCGGUGAUAAUAAAAAAAACGAAAAUGAGAAUAAAGAAAAACGUCGGCCAAGACCUCCUAGAAUCAGAGGUCACACGCGUAGUGGAAGAGUGAUUAAAGGAAGGGGAACUUUUCGUUAUAGAACUCCCUCGAGAAGCAGAUCCAGAAGUUAUACUCCCCCUCAUUGGAAACGGGAAUUAAGUAGAACAAUAAAAUUAUCUGAAUAUGAGCAAAAAGAAAUAGAAAAGAAAAAAAGAGAAGAAGAGAUUAAACGUAGAGAAGAAGAAAGAAAAAAAAGGCACAUGGAAAGAGAUAAAAAAAUUCAGGAGUACAUUGAAAAACGAGCAAAGGAGCGUGCGGAACGUCGAUCGAAUCAAGGCGAGAGACGAAGAUUUAGAGAAGAACCUCCUUCUUAUUAUGCUAAUCGUCAAGGAAGAUUUAGAAAUCGUUCAAAAAGUUCAGAUGAAUAUGACAAAAACGAUUACGGUCGGAGAGGAAAUAAAAAAGAUGACGAAUUUGAUAGAAAUGACAAAAGGGACAACAGGAACAAUGAAAAUUUGGAGGGAAAGAGGGAAAGCGUGAAAAAACCCCGUAAAUUUACCGAAGAGGUUGAAGAAAAAAAUGAUGAAAGCGAUGAAGUAUCUAAAGUUUCGUUGAAAAAUAUCAACGAAGAGAGUUUCACGCAAGAAAUACAAAAUUACGAUUCCGAAAAUCAAAAUUUUAAUGAAAAUUUAGUUAACGUGAUUCAAAGCAAAAAUGAUUCAUUUGAAGAAUACAGAUUGCAAGUGGAACCCAAAGAAAGUUCUAAACAAAAAUUUCAAGAAGAAGAAGUUGAAGAAAAUGUACAAUCUUUGGUAGGACACCAAAAUUCACAAGACAAAAAACAAGAAGAUUUCACGAAAGGAGAAGAAGAAAAGCAAACCGCGGAAAACGUUGAUUAUUUUGAAAGUAAAAGAGUCAAAACGGUAGAGGAGGGAGAGGAAACAUCAGAGCGUAAAUGCGUCGACGAAGAUAUUUGGGCAAGUUUAGAGGAAGGUAUUGGACGUCAAAGCGAAUCGAACGUGGAGGGGAAAAAUGCGGCAGACGUUUUAAAAUUUAUGGAAAAAAGAAAAGCUCACACGAAAAAACUAAUAGAGCAAUUCAAGGAAAAACGUCGUUUAAGCGAAGAAUUAGAUUUACCCACCGAAUCGAAUCACGCGGAAUCGAGAAAUCUUACCGAAAAGCCAAACGAUGACAAAAAAACACCAACCGACAAUGCGGAUAAAAAUUGCGAUGCGCAAGAUAAAAACUCGGAUUGCUCACACGUUGAGAAAAAUUCCAAGACUGAAGAAGAAUCAGAAGAAAAGGGUAAACGGGGAAACGAAACGUCGAAAAAAUCCGAAAAACCAGAGAGAAAAGAAAGCGAAAAAGUUGGUAACAAACGGAGGGACAGCGAUCACGGAGACCACAAGAAGAAAAGUCGAAGACGUCAAAAAUCCUCACGUUCGGAUUCNNNUUAG